UGACGUAGGCGCCGCGGUCGGUCUGCCAUGUUGUCUCUGAUACAGCAGAAAUCUCGCUUCAGAACAGGCAUACAUACCGGCGAGGCUUCGCCAUUUGCCCAUUGGGAUUGACUACUGAAUUUCUGGAGAAGCGUAUCGUUCGCCUCAUUAAUCACGGGGGUAAAUAUAUACUGAUGAUAUAAACCACUCAAUAGUGGACGAUAAAACAUCGGCUUUGCCAUGUAAUAAGGCUCGGUUGCUAACGUCAAGGCUCCGCCCAACACGGAUGAGUUAGCUACACCCUCUGUUCGCAGUCCAAACUAUGCCAACCAUCUUUCGGGCCAACACGUUCUUUCAAAUCUUAUCGUUCUGCAUUGCUCAACACAUAAGCUUCACAAUGCACGUUUAGAAUAGCUCAAUGAGCAACUUCUCUUCAGCUGUGAGUUCUAGUGCAUCUAAUGGUGAGACUCAACAGCAGGAAACGAACCACGAACGAACCCUAAUCACAAGCCGAGUAAGCGACGCGCUAGACUUUCUCGUUGUGUGAUUAACAUUUUGGCAUUGUUUGACUGACUGACUGACUGACUGACUGACUGACCUAUUUGCUAGGUCUGGAGUAUCCUUUUUUUUUUUUUUUACGACAGCAGAUAUAUGCCUAUUGAUCUCCAGAGUAGUUCGGCCGGAAUGUGCACGUCACUACUGUAGUGUGUGCGUGCGUGCGUGUGUUAUAACGGUGGUGAUCUUGUGAUUAAAUAAAAAAGAAGUGACUAUUCCCUUAUGAAACAGCACAAUCCGAUGUAGCACGAGUGAUGUGCUUCACUCCAUAUGAACCUGCAGAAGCUAGUCGUUUUCGACAAUCUAUUUAGUCCCAAAAGUUGAAAGAUCUGGAUUUAAUGACAUGCGUUCUGAUUAUUAACCAUUUUAACAGCACGAGAAGUUGACCUGUCUCUUUAUUCCUAGUUAAUAGCAAUAGAGUAUAAGACUCCUCGGAAUUGUUUACAUCUGUAGCACAAGGAAGGCAUCAAAGAAGAGUGCUUCCACCCCUAGGAUGGAGACCGAGCAAGAAAUGAACAAAGGAAUCCAUCAUUGAAACGAGUAGAUAGCCUGCACGCCAAACCGACGACCACAUGCCCCUGGUGCCCCCUCCCUUGUCCUCCAAUAACCCCCCCGUACCCCCUUCCCCUUUUCAGUCAAAAGCCACAGCCCUUACCUUUGCUUCUUUGGCUGCCGAAAGAGCCCAGCCGCCAAGCUGUCGGACAUGUCGGGACCUGUGCCGAGCCGGGCCAGGGUGUACAACGAGGUCAACACUCACCGGCCGAGAGAGUACUGGGACUACGAAUCCCAUGUCGUGGAAUGGGGUAACCAGGAUGACUUUCAACUGGUGCGAAAGCUCGGCCGUGGCAAAUACAGUGAAGUCUUUGAGGCCAUCAACAUCACCAAUAAUGAAAAGAUUGUCGUCAAAAUCCUCAAGCCUGUGAAGAAAAAGAAAAUCAAGCGUGAGAUCAAGAUUUUGGAGAAUCUACGAGGAGGCCCGAAUAUUGUCUCCCUUAUCGAUAUUGUCAAAGACCCUGUGUCUCGUACACCCGCCUUGGUCUUUGAACAUGUUAACAACACCGACUUCAAGCAAUUGUACCAAACGUUGACAGAUUACGACAUCCGCUUCUAUAUGUACGAGAUCCUCAAGGCCUUGGAUUAUUGCCACAGUAUGGGAAUCAUGCAUCGAGAUGUCAAGCCACAUAAUGUGAUGAUUGAUCACGAACACCGCAAGUUACGUCUUAUUGAUUGGGGCCUGGCAGAAUUUUACCACCCGGGACAGGAGUACAACGUCAGAGUGGCUUCACGCUAUUUUAAAGGACCGGAGCUCUUGGUGGACUAUCAGAUGUAUGACUAUAGUCUGGAUAUGUGGAGCUUGGGCUGUAUGUUGGCCAGCAUGAUCUUCAGGAAAGAGCCUUUCUUCCACGGCUACGACAACUAUGACCAGCUGGUGAGAAUAGCCAAGGUUUUGGGAACGGAAGAUCUAUACGACUAUGUGGACAAAUACAACAUUGAGCUGGAGCCUCGCUUCAACGAUAUACUCGGAAGACAUUCCCGUAAGCGAUGGGAACGCUUCGUCCACAGCGAAAACCAGCAUCUGGUCAGCUCCGAAGCUCUGGAUUUCCUGGAUAAGCUGCUGCGCUACGAUCAUCAAGCCCGUCUGACCGCUCGCGAGGCCAUGGAUCAUCCCUACUUCUUCCCUAUAGUGAAGGAGCAGUCUCGCGGUGGAGUCGCCAACCUACCCGGUGGGAACCCGGCUGCUGUUAGCACAGCCAGCAUUAUCACCGGUAUUUCUGCCUUGCCAGCCUCUACUGCCCUGGGCCCACUCACUGGCUCGCCCGUCCUCUCUGCCAGCAACACUCUGAGCUCCCCGGUGCCCGCCGGAGCCCCCCAGUGACCAUUCAAAUGGAGACAGACAGGUGCAACACAUCUACAUCCAAACUCUGUGUGGCCGAGCCUCAUCCAAACUUUUUUUUUGGGGGGGGGGGGGGAUUUGAUUCUUCUUCCUCAUCUCAGCCGAACAUGCUCACGUGACAUCCAAAAUGAAAGUCCUGUGUGGACGAAAGUCACUCAUUUCUUAAAAUGCAGCCAUGCAUUCAAAAGGGCAACGGCCGUGUAAUCCGUGGUUGUUUUGUUCAUGUCGUACUUUAACAAGUACUUUGACAGAAGGUGAUUGCCGUCAGGACCAAAAGAAGCAAACCUCCAAUUAACUCGGUUUGGCCUCGGAUAACUUUGAACAAAUUGCGUCUGGUGCCGUUUUGCGCUCCGGAUGCAGCGACAGUCGCUAGUCCGGCAAAAACGUGGAGCCGUAGCGACCCAAGUGUCCUCAUGGGUGACGCUGGACGCGGCCCGCUAAAUACGAGUAGUCAUGGAUGUCUUGAGAAAUGCUGCUUUGUAGCUCCUUGACCAAAGUUUUUCCCUGUUUAUUUGAAAGAACAAACCGGGUUUGAUCCCAAUAGACAAAGGUCUUUAAACACUCAUGCAAAUCAGUUGCUCAUUCCCUGCGGGGAAACUGUGUUAAAAAAGAAACAAAAAACAGAUGGCCAGAAAGAUUUGUGUCCCGUAUAUGUAUGGACGGAUGGACGGAUGGACGGAUGGACGGAUGGACUGAUGGACUGAUGGACGGAUGGACGGAUGGAUGGAUGAUGCGGAGUUGCCAAUUGAGACAAAAACGGCACGCUUUCGAGCCCUGGGCACUGCACCGACGAUUCAAAGUAAUUGAAUACACUGGGGGAUGGAUGUUUACGAUGGUGCAAAUGUAUAGUGAACAAAACAGAGUUUUAUGCAUGGCAGGUGAGUAGUUAGCAUUUCGGGUUUUGUGGCUAUGCCAUGCUAAACCAGGCCAAGCCCCCAACGGUUGACAAUGCGAGUGAGUAUAGGAACGAUUGUCGACAGGUGAGUUCAUUUGGAAUCAGCAGUUGAGCGCGUGUCGUGUCGUCUGGUGUGACUCUGCCGUGCCGAAGCGUAGCACUUGAAGGAUCUCGGUCUCCUGUGUUCUUGUGCCACAGUUUGAUGGUGUAACUUUUUGACCCUGCUGUACAUUUUUUGUAAACAUGGAAAUGCAAAUAAAUCAAAGUGUGUACAUUGAGUCACUACACCACUGUAUAUAUUUGUAUGUUCUUAUGUAGAAGACAAGUAUUUGCAAAUAUUUGUGUAAAUAAACAGUUAUUUAUUAAGUA